UCAUGAGCCUUUCCAUCAUCAAACACAAGCAUUAUCAAUUCAGCCAUCAAAGGUCUCUAAAUUUCUUGUUUUCAAUCUUCCGAAAAGAAAAUGGCAAUGAUCAGUACCAAGAAACUCAUCAAAAUGGUCAGGAGAUGGCAGAAGUUUGCAGCUAUGCAGAGGAAGAGGAUUUUAUUUCCAAGAGAUGACAGUUGUAGUUCAUCCUCAUCGUCUAUAAUUGAAAAAGGACAUUUUGUAGUCUAUACAAUUGAUCAAAGGCGCUUCAUGAUUCCCUUGGUUUACCUAGAAAAUGAAGUCAUUAGGCAACUGUUGAACAUGUCUGAAGAAGAAUUUGGGCUUCCGAGUAGUGGCCCUAUUACAUUACCUUGUGAUUCAGCCUUCAUGGACUACAUCAUUUCACUAAUCAAGAAAGGCGUAGCUGCUGGAGAUCUUCACAAAGCAUUGCUCCUCUCAAUUCCUUCAACUUGCUGUUCAACUUCUUCUUUGCACCAAAAAAGUGGAAACCAACAGCUUCUUGUUUGUUGAGUCAUAAUCAACAUGCUAGCUCAAAAUAGUGUUAGAUAGGGCAUAGACUGAAGAACACAAUUGUAAAGCACAUCAUACAGAUUGAAUGUUAUUUUUUACCAUAUCUGCAGCUUCCACUUCUACAAUUGGUUAUGAGAUGACUUAACAAUCUAAUCCUCGAUUAACAACA